AUGACGUCCUGCUCUGAGGAUGUCGCCGAUGAUGCCCCAUCCUGUGACACCUGGAAACAGCUAGACAUUUCAUCCUGUGUCUUCCCGUUUAUCUAUAAAAACAAGACAUACCAUACCUGCACCAAGGAUGGAUCCAAGCUCCAUCGGUUGUGGUGUGCCACAACCAGUUCCUAUGACAAAGACCACCAUUGGAAGUCUUGCUAUGAGACAGAGUAUGGUGGCAACUCUCAUGGAAAGCCCUGCGUGUUCCCCUUUGUUUACAAAGGGAGGUUGUUCUAUACUUGCACAGAUGAAGCAGCCAUGCCCGGGAAGUUCUGGUGUGCAACAACGAGCAGUUAUGACAAAAAUGGAAAAUGGAGCUACUGUGCUGAUACUAUAGUUCUUGGGAAGUCGAAAUCUGCUAUGACUCAGGAAAGGGCUUACUGUGACCCUGCAGAUCCUCAUUGCCUUGUAGCUUCCAGGGGGGUGAAAAGGUUAGAUAAUGGAAAGCAUGGGAACAUCCUGCCCAAAGAAUACAGUAGAGAUGAAGAUCAUGAAAAGGAUCAAGAAAUGACAAUCCAGGAUCCAGCUUCAUCCUUCUGAUUCUUCUCAAGCCCUUUUGCUGGCUAUCAGUAUGGAACUUUCAAAUUAGCAGCAAAGUUUGUGGUGGUGGUGGUGACAGUGGCGGAGCGACAUGCUCCAGCACGUGGAGCGGCGAACAGGCAGGGG